GAGGACCUUCCGGCGCCGGGCCAGGAUGGCGACGGACAGUGCCUGCGAGCUCCCGGCGUCGCCGGCGGGCGGGCUGAGCCUGGGCCGGCCUCCCUCGACGCCCUUCCGCCGCUGCAGCCCCUCCAGGGCCGCCGCCCCGUCGAGCGGCGGGCCUCCCGCGGCGUUGCCCGGGAAGUGGGUCCGGCUGAACGUGGGCGGCACCUGUUUCCUCACCACCCGGCAGACGCUCUGCAGGGACCCCAAGAGCUUCCUCUUCCGCCUCUGCCAGGCCGACCCCGACCUCGACUCCGACAAGGAUGAAACAGGUGCCUAUUUAAUAGACCGAGAUCCAUCCUAUUUUGGACCGGUACUGAACUAUCUCCGACAUGGGAAACUGGUUAUUAAUAAAGAUCUGGCAGAGGAAGGUGUGCUUGAAGAAGCUGAAUUCUACAACAUCACAUCCUUAAUUAAACUGGUGAAGGACAAAAUAAGAGAAAGAGACAGUAAAAUCUCACAGGUGCCAGUCAAGCAUGUUUACAGAGUGCUACAGUGCCAGGAAGAGGAGUUGACCCAGAUGGUCUCCACCAUGUCUGAUGGCUGGAAAUUUGAACAGCUAGUGAGCAUCGGAUCAUCCUACAAUUAUGGGAAUGAGGACCAGGCAGAAUUCCUCUGCGUUGUCUCCAAGGAGCUGCACAACACGCCCUAUGGCACAGCCAGCGAGCCCAGUGAGAAAGCAAAGAUUUUGCAGGAACGAGGUUCGAGAAUGUAAUUGAAUCACAGUAUUGAAUGCAGAAGAUUCUUUUAUUUGCAUCACCACACGAAGAGGCUUGGUGCCAAGUGGGAGUCUCUUGUGCAGACAAGAUGGAUUUGUAACCUUUGAAAAUGUUGUGGCCGGAGCAGGCCUGCUUGCCUGCAUCAUUCUGACCUCCACAGAAGGACUCGGCUCUCCUCUUCACUUCCGCCUUGUAGAGCUGCAGCACUUUCUCCAGUGCCGGCCAGAGGAAGUUGUGCUGGUUUGUGGGGAGCUAUUGGGGGGGGGGGGGGUUAGUUCCUGCAGGUGGUCCAAGGACAACUUAUUGGUGCUACUCCAGUCCGUAUACAGGCCUCUGUUACUAGCAGCCUCUGUGGACUUCUCCUACACAUUCCUUUGCAGUUCUCAUGUCAGAAUGUUUUAGGGAAUAAGUAUUCCUCUGUCAGGAUACACAAAAUAUGCGUUUCUCUCCUCCCUGAUUCCUUUCCCCUCUUCCCCUUGCUUCCUUUAUUAUCCAAAGGGGAGAAAUCUCUUUUUGCCUGCAUUUCUAGAGUUGGCCUUCAGAUUGCUUGAUCUUACCAAUGUCAGUUUGACUACACUUAAGGAUUGAAGACCAGUUUUGUUUACAAAUGAUACGACAUCUUGCCUUUCAAAUGCAUGGCUGCUGCCCACCAUGUUUUUUGAAAAUUUCUGCAAAUAUUGAUAGUGGCAAAGCUGAAGUUAGGCCUCAUAUUUUAGCCUUAAUGGCUGCUCAGUCCAGAGGGUCGGGAAGGAAGGUCUGGGUGCCUGAAAGCAUAGAAUUUAUGCAGCAGAAAGUAAGAACUCUUCUGAUUCUUAAACAGAUGUUUACAGUUAUUUCUAUAUUCUUAUCUAUGCAGUUCUUUCUAAUGUUUUGGCAAAUACUGCCAAAAUGAACCAUAGUUUCAUUAAGAGAAGCUUCUAGUAAAUGUGAAAAAACACAACUGGAUCUUUUUAGAGCACUGUGUUGAAAUGGAACCCUUGACAAGCCUUUCAGAAUAGCUUGAAGAGGAAUCUACUUCAGACUUCUCUUUCUUCUUUAGAGAAGACUCCCUGCUUGUUUGAGACUUUAAAGCAUCCAACCCAUAAUUUAAACUUCUAUUAAACAACUUAUGUAAUACUUGUUUUAUAAUUCACACGCGCUGUCUCAAAUAUACCUUGUCUGCCUGCUUUUGGUAAAAUCUUUGGGCCCAAAAGAAUGGGCAAGUUGGCUACAUCUUCUAGCCUCCUGUUUGGAGAUGACAUUAAACAGCACGGAAGAUUGCAAGGCCUUCUCAGUACUUUUUAAAGAUGCUGAAUUGAUUAAAGUGGAAUUACAUAGGACAACUGUACAUACACCCGGGCCCUUUUUACAUCUUUUCAUAUCUAUCGCCAAUUUUCCCCCUGAAAGAGGUAUUGCUUUGAGAGGAACUGAGAAACAGGUUUGUGUAUAGGGCCAUGCCUCUUGGAAAAGUUGCCACUGAACUGACCUUGGCUUUGUGGAACAUUCUAGAAGAGAAGUAGAAUGGCUUGAAAGACUAACGGCAUACCUUCUCUAAAAGAUGGUGCUUAGAAUCCUACUUGCCCAGCCUCUUUUUAAACCCCUUAAAGUUAUUAGUAAUUAGCCAGCUCAUUAUCAUUCCAUGCCAGCCUGAAAGGGGACAGGAGCCAAGCUCAGGAUGGGGCAGUGGAGCCCCUCCUCCCCCCUCUGUUGUAUCCCCUUCAGCACGAGCUCAAGGGUUGGCUUUGGAAUGAGUGAGGUUCCUACCUCCCACCCCGUCCUUGCCAUUUCUGAAGAUUGCCUUGCAAGAGCAGGGAGGGGAAGGGAAUAUUGACUGACAUUGACUCACUUUUGAAGAGUGGCAGUUCAGAAACGUACAACAUUAGGGCUAUUCUUAUGGAGGAUUUUAAAUCUUCCUUUGUGCUCAUUUUGGUGUUAUUUCUUGCUGAGUUGGGGAGGGGGUGGGAGUAGUAUGUGAACAAUAUAACAUCAGAUUUUAAAGUUUAUAUCUUGGAAAUUAUAUCAUCAAAUUAACCUAAAAAGCAUGGAAUUUUUCUUUGUAUUUUUCAAGACUAUGUAAUGUUAUAGGGCAUGACACUUAGCUUCCUGGAAAAAAAAGUUUAAAAUAAUCCAUUAACUAUUGAUUAUCACUCUUUUAUGGUAGUCUCUUUCCACAUGUUGUCUUCCUCAUUUCAACAAACACUGUUAUAGAAAGUUGAUGGGUCUUACCAAGGGAAUUGGGUAAUUUUAAUAACUUAAAUUGACACUUGUCUUUGAAGGUUUCUGCACCUAUUCUGUAUUUUGAAUGAUAAACAUGGGUGUUAGCAAACCUGUUCUUCUUUUCAGUUCUUUUGUCUAACUUUUGCAUUCAUUUUAUUUAUUUUUUACAGUGAAGGUUAAAUCCUUUUUUAUAUGCUUUAAUAUUGUGUAGUGUGACCCCAUAAAACUGAUAUAACACAUAAGACAAUGAUGAUGCUCAAUAAAAGAACAAAAACCGCAGAA